GUUAAUUCAGGUGAAACUCAAAACGACGCCACGUUGUGCGUUUUGGUAAACCCUAACAAAACCCCUCCAAGAAGAGACAAAGAGCACCCGUGCCGGCUGUGUCACAAUCUCAUAUCAACAGAGAUGAAUUACUCCCGUCUGACUUCCGGCGGAGGAUGGCUUCUCCGGCGACUGUGCACUGCGGCUGAGACUCCCGCGAAAAAGCCAAACCUAUAUCGAAUGUUAUCGGCGCUGGACAUCACCGGAGGUACCGUGUCGCAAACGUUGGACCAAUAUAUAAUGGAAGGCGAAGUCAUCAAAAAACAAGAACUCGAACGAUGCGUGGAGCAGCUCCGAAAGUAUCGCCGAUUCCAGCGCGCACUCGAGAUAAUAGAAUGGAUGCAGAUGAGGAAAGUUAAUUUUUCCUGGAAUAACUAUGCAGUGCAGUUAGAUCUUGUGUCCAAAACCAAAGGGGUGGUUGCAGCUGAGAAUUUCUUCAGCGGUCUUCCUCCUGCAGCCAAGAACAUGUAUACCUACGGUGCUCUUCUGAACUGUUACUGUAAGGAACUAAUGAAAGACAAGGCAUUGAGUCAUUUUGACAGAAUGAAUGAACUGGGUUAUGUCACUAAUCUGGCUUUCAACAAUGUCAUGACUCUGUUUAUGAAACUGGGUGAACCCGAGAAAGUGGCUCAGCUGGUGGAGCUUAUGAAGCAGAGGCGCAUUCCCAUGUCUGCAUUCACAUAUUAUAUCUGGAUGAACAGCUGCGCCUCUUUGAACGAUCUUGAUGGGGUGGAGAGAAUCUACGAGGAGAUGAAAACUGAAGAUGAAGACCAAAUUGGUUGGCAGACUUACAGCAACCUUGCUUCUAUUUAUGUUAAGUUUAAGGACUUUGAGAAAGCUGAGAUGAUGCUUAAGAUGCUGGAAAAACAAGUGAAGCCGAAACAGCGUGAUGCUUACCAUUGCUUGCUUGGCCUUUAUGCAGGGACCGGUAAUCUUGGGGAGGUUCAUAGAGUGUGGAAUUCCCUCAAGUCUGUCUCCCCUGUCACCAACUUCAGCUAUCUUGUUAUGCUUAGUACCCUCCGAAGGCUUAAUGAUAUAGAGGGGUUAACAAAAUGCUUUAAGGAGUGGGAGGCUAGUUGUGUUAGCUAUGAUGUGAGGUUGGUUAGUGUCUGUGUUAGUGCUCACUUGAAUCAGAACAAGCUGGAAGAAGCUGAAUCGGUAUUUGAGGAGGCUAGCAGGAGGAGCAAAGGGCCUUUCUUUAGGGUUCGGGAAGAGUUCAUGAAGUUUUUCUUGAAGAAGCAUCAGUUGGAUGCUGCUGUGAGGUACUUGGAGGCAGCGCUUUCAGAAGUCAAGGGUGGUAAAUGGCGUCCUUCACCACAAGUUCUUGGGGCUUUUCUGAAGUACUAUGAAGAAGAGACGGAUGUGGAUGGUGUUGAUGAGUUGUCCAAGAUUCUCAAGGCUAACAAUUUCGAUGAUUCCUGGAUUAAAAAUCACAUUACUGCGUCCGAAUUGUCUCCUGAAAUUGAUCCAGGAUUCAAGGAAGAUUCUCGAGUCUACCAUGCACAGGAGAACUAGAUAUCAUGGAAAAACAAUUAUGUGCAGCAUGUAGGUGCAAUCUGUUAACUUGGUUUCCCUAAGAUAAGAAACAGAUUCUGCAUAAUCGUUUACAAUUUAAUACUUCACGAAGGAAAUGGUUUUAUUUUUAUUUUCA